AUGGCCUCCGCGGCCACGACUAUGGCUUCCGCCGAGCAAACGACUGUUCCAGCUACUAGCACUACGACUCUCACGCCCCGAAAAUUCAAGGCUUCGGAUCUACCUCUGCCAUCUGCUACGCGAUCCGCAAUCGAGGGAUUGGCCCAUAGCUUUAAAAAGAAGGGUGGUUACGAUGCAAUUCGCAAACAAAUCUGGGAGAAGUUCGAGCAGAGCGAUUACGAGGCUCAGGUCACCAAAUCUAUCCUCGAAGUCGCCGAGCAAGAACUAGAGCGUAAUCCGUCGCAACUUCUAACCCUUGAGCGCCGAAAGGCUGCCGCCCUUAUUGAUGGUGCUCUCGACCGUUCCGGCGUCUAUCAAAAAGCCGAGGAGGUUCUCGACCAGCUGAUCGAUGUUGAGGCUAUUGAGACGCGCAUGCGUGAACUACGUCAAGCUGAAAUCGGCCUCGACGCAGCUAAGGAAGAGCAAGAACGCGGCUCCAAAACAGAUAUAGAGUACGCUAUUGAAUCAGCUCGCAGCCUAGAUGAGCGUGAACGGAUCCGACGAGAGCUUAGGGUGAAGGAAGAGCAGAUCUUGGAGGAGAAACGUAAGAUCGAACGAGAGGAACGCAAGAAGAGAGAGCGUGAGAGAGAACGUGAAUUAGAAAAAGCCGAAGCUAAGCGCAAGGAGGAGCGAGAUGCUCGAAGGCGUGAACGUGAAAAGAAAGAAGCAGAGCGCGAACGCGAAAGGGAGAAGGAGAGAGAGGAACGUCGACGCGCCAGAGAGCGAGAUAGAGAAAAGGACCACGACCGACGCAGAUCCAGAACCAGGUCAAGGCAUAGAUCCCGGGACAGGUCACGACAUCGCGACAGGAACCGCGAGGGAGAUCGUGAUCGAGACCGCGAUCGUAGCCGUCGUCGGGAUAGCCGCGAACGGCGACACCGCGAGCGGUCCCCUAGGGAUGAACGUGAACGUGGAAAGCCGGAGGAACUCAAGAAACAGCUUACUAAAGAGGACCAUGAGAGGCUUGAGAGGGAAGCGCUCGAAAAUCUUUUACGGGAGAGCAAAAAGAGCACUGCUAAACAACCCGAACUAGAGGUUGAUGAGGCCCUCGUACCGCCUCCUCGAAGGAUUAAACCAGCUUCCGCCAUACAACCUAUACGUCGUGACUCGAUUAAGAAUUCAGACACAAAGAGGACACCCGAGCUUACGAAGUCGGAAUCCAAAGAUUCGGCAAAAGAGGCUGCGGACGGAAAGGAGGGGAGGGAAACGAAGACAUCUAAGGAAUCUAAAGAACCUGAACCCAAAGAGACCAAGGAAAAUAAGGAAAGCAAGGAGCCCAAAGAUACCAAGAGCAAAGAGGAGAGACGGCCUAGCCCGGCCCCUUCUCGACACCAUCGUGAUCGAUCACGUGGCACAGAAGAUGAUCGAAGACGCCGUGAUCGUGACCAUCAAAGCAUCGAUCAGACCGUCGAGAACGUAGCCGUUCUAGAGAUCGUGACCGGAUUAUGGAGAGAGAUAGGGAUUUUUACCGUCCAGGCCAACGAGACAGAAGUCGCUCUCGUGCGCGACCUCAGCGCGACAGACAUGAGAGGAGUCGCUCUCGAGAUAGAUACAAACCCGACCGUAGAGAGCGAAGUCGUUCUCGGCGGCCCAGGGACGAUCGAGACAGACGUGACCGGAGUCGCUCACGUGCCCGCCCUGAGAAACGGGAUGAUCGCCGAGAAAGGUCGCGCUCACCUAAGCCCAGAGUCGAAAAACCUCGGUCGCGUCCGCCCCGAAGCCGAUCCCGUUCUCGGCCAGCUACUGCUAAAACGCGAGCAGGAAGCGAAGGCUUAUUUGGCAGCGCAGCGCGCGGCUCGCGAGAAAGGUCUGCCUAUUCCUGGUGUCGAUGAUAAAUGGAGUACUGGAGAGCGCUCACCCGAAGCUAAGAGAGCCCGUGCCCCUGAUGAGAUUGAUCGGUAUAGGCCUGGCGAUCGCGACCGAACCGACAAGUAUCGCGAGCGAGAUAGAGAUGAUCGUCGAGACAAAGAGAAGGAGCGCGACAAGGAUGAUCGACGAGAGCGGCGACGUAGUCGAAGUAAAAGUCGUAGUCGCCGCCAGGAUCGUGAUCGAAGCCGUGAUAGGGAUAAAAGCCAAGAUCGCGAACGUCACCGGUCCCGCGAUAGAUACCGUGGGGAGGGAACUCGGGAUAGGGACCGCGACCAUGACCGUGAUCGUGACAAGUAUCGCGAAAGAGACCGUGAUCGCGACGGAGAUAGGGAUAAGCGCAGCCGUCGUGACAGAAGUAAUGAAUCACGACGCGACAAAGGCCGGGACCGAAGGGAUAGGAGCAUCGAGUCUAGGCGGGAUAAGAGAGAUCAAAGUCGCAGUCGCCGACGAAGCCGCAGCCCCCGUUAG